AUGGGGACAUCAACACCUAGCUACGAGAGAUCCGAGCGGAAUGAGGACGGAGAACUAUACGCCGACCUCCGAAGUUACAUCACCCGGCAGCGCCAUGCCUGGUCAGUCACCCGUGACAUCGAGAUUGCCCAGCCACUACAGCAAAGGUAUAUGGGCUUUGAGGCAGGAUUAAUGGAGGAAAUACGCCAGGCGGAACGUGACAACGAGAAUAAACGUCGAGAACGGGCAGAAGAGAUGGAAGGAGCCACGGGCUUGAUCAAAUGGUCAUGGCGAUUAUACGAGCUGCGGAUGAGGCUCUGUGAGAGAUGGCAACGACGAAGACUGCGUGGGAACUGGUGGCGAAAUCAAUUGAACGCCAUGAAGAAAGAGCUGAACGGAGAAUAUGUGCGGCUACAAAAUGGCCACCGAGCGGAUAUGAUGAAGGAUAUGAUCUCAUUCGCUGGUGAGGAGACUGUUGAGGACGCCGAUGAUGGGGCAUACGUGUGGAACGGCUUACUGAAUUACAUCGUGUACGGAUACGAGACAAUGUUCCCUAUCUCUCACACUGCCAGAGUGAUUCGUUUCAAUCUCGAGCUCUGUGCCCAUGAUCAAAUUCAAACAAACUUUCGAGGCGACUACCAGUUGCAUUAUCAAAUCAGCUUCUGA